GCCGCCUAAGCGCUCCCGCCCUAACGACCCGCUCCCAAGAUGGCGGCGCCCUGCAGAGAGCGGAGUGGCGGCGGCGCCGCCAGCCUGUGGGCCUCGCUGCUCCUGGUGGCCGUGGCGCUGCGGCCGGCCGACGCCGUGUCCGAGCCAUCGACCGUGGCGUUCGACGUGCGCCCCGGCGGCGUCGUGCACUCCUUCUCCGAGAGCGUGGGCCCGGGGGACAGAUAUACCUGCAAGUUUACUUAUGCCUCUCAGGGCGGGACCAACGAGAGGUGGCAGAUGAGCCUGGGCACCAGCGAGGACCACCAGCACUUCACCUGCACCAUCUGGAGGCCUCAGGGCAAGUCCUACCUCUACUUCACGCAGUUCCAGGCCGAGGUGCAGGGCGCCGAGAUCGAGUACGCCAUGGCCUACUCUAAAGCUGCAUUUGAGAGUGGGAGCGACGUACCCCUGAAAAGUGAUGAAUUUGAAGUCGCCAAAACGACAGUGUCCCACAGGCCCGGGGCCUUCAAGGCCGAGCUGUCCAAGCUGGUGAUUGUGGCCAAGGCGACGCGGAGCGAGCUGUGACGGCCCGCGGGGCGAAGCGGGGGCCCAGGGGAAGCUGGGACCCGCGGUGUGACCCCUCGGUGCCGAGGGCGGUGCCAGGCCUAUCCUCAAGCAGCGAGACGCGCCCGCAGCUCCUGUGACCGCCCUGUCCAGAGGCCGGGCCGGGCCUCCCUGCGUGCAGGGACCGUCCCGCCUGGCCGCCCCCACCCGCGCCUCCCUUCUGCCAAGCCUGGAAGAUGUGGGCGCGCCCCGUGCUGGGGUGAAGCGGGGAGGGGGCGGAGCCGCAGCACAAAGGAGGGCACUGGCCCUGCACACGGCAACCUGGGUCCCAGCCCGGUACCCAUGGAGUUCCCGGAGCUCUGCCAGGAGAGACCCCUGGGCGUAGAGCCGGGCGCAAACCCUGAGCAUCGCCGGGUGUGGGCCCAAAAAUAAUAAAAAUAAAUAAUG